AUAACCCUAUUAAAUCCCUCACGUUCACUCUCAAAAACCCUAGCUACACUCAGCCUCCGCAUUCCAGAGAGAGAGGGAGAGACACAGAGGGAGAGAGAUACAGAGAGAGAAUCAUGGCGGCAACACCACCGGAAUCAGUUCAAUGCUUCGGCAGGAAGAAGACCGCCGUCGCCGUAACUCACUGCAAGCGCGGCCGCGGCUUGAUCAAAAUCAACGGCGUUCCAAUCGAGCUCGUUCAGCCGGAGAUCCUCCGUUACAAGGCCUUCGAGCCAAUCCUCCUCCUCGGUCGCCACCGCUUCGCCGGCGUCGACAUGAGGAUCCGCGUCAAAGGAGGCGGUCACACCUCGCAGAUCUACGCUAUUCGUCAGUCAAUUGCGAAGGCUCUGGUUGCGUAUUACCAGAAGUUCGUCGACGAAGAGUCGAAGAAGGAGAUUAAGGAUAUUUUGGUGAGGUAUGAUAGGACUUUGCUUGUUGCUGAUCCCAGAAGGUGCGAGCCGAAGAAGUUCGGAGGUCGUGGUGCUCGUGCAAGGUUCCAGAAGUCUUACCGUUGAUUUCUCGAAAGCCGAGACGUUUAUCGGUUUGCUUGCUGCUAUUUUAGUGAUUUUGAAUUCAAUUACCAAUGUUAUGUUUUGUCACAUUUUGAUGACUGAUGGAUUAGUAUUUUAAGUUUUGGUUUCGGAUAUUGUGAUAUUAUCGGUUGUCACCUGAAUUUCUAUAAUAUUUGUGUUUUCUUAGAUUA